GCGAUUCAUCUCAAUUCUCACACAACUCAACGGAAUCUCACUGCACUGCACCGCACCAACUUUGCUUCUGCUCUACACCACAGUGAAACCGCCACUCUCUCUCUCUCUCUCUCUCUCUCUCUCUCUCUCUCUCUGCGUUUUAGUACUAUUUUUCUGUUGCACCGGACGAAACCGUUUUUCUAACAACCUAGAGAGAGAAAGAGAGGGUAAGUGGCACGGACCGUGAUGCCGAAUCCCGAGGGUCACCGUAACCAACACCGGUCGAGGACUCGACCGUCCACGUCAGCGCCGGUUCGGGCGAGGGUUUCGCUGAAGCAGUUGCUACGGGUGACGUCGGUAGCGAGUGGUAUUCAGUUCGGUUGGGCCUUGCAACUCUCUCUGUUAACGCCGUAUGUGCAGCAGUUGGGGAUUCCUCAUCAAUGGGCCAGCAUCAUAUGGCUCUGCGGCCCUGUUUCUGGGCUUUUUGUUCAGCCCUUAGUGGGCCACAUGAGUGACCGCUGCACUAGCCGGUUCGGUCGACGAAAACCGUUUAUAUUGCUCGGUGCGGUGGCGAUCGUCGUCGCCGUUCUCAUCAUCGGUUACGCCGCCGAUAUCGGGUGGUUGCUCGGCGACACCGAGUCUUACCGGCCUUGGGCUAUAACAGUUUUCGUCAUCGGGUUUUGGAUCCUUGACGUCGCUAACAACGUUACGCAAGGUCCUUGCAGAGCUUUGCUCGGUGAUCUCACUAGCAAGGAUCCUCGAAGGACACGUGUUGCAAAUGCUUAUUACUCGCUAUUUAUGGCUGUUGGCAAUGUUCUUGGCUAUGCAACUGGAUCAUACAGUGGCUGGCACAAGAUUUUUACUUUUGCACUUUCCCCUGCUUGCACAAUCAGUUGUGCAAAUCUCAAGUCUGCUUUCUUUCUUGACAUUGCUUUCAUUGUGGUCACAACAUAUAUCAGCAUCAUGGCAGCUCAUGAAGUGCCUUUAAAUUCAGAUGAGGCAGCCCAUACUGAAGCAGGGGGAGGGGAGUCAGGUAGUGCAGAAGAAGCUUUCAUGUGGGAAUUAUUUGGGACAUUCAAAUAUUUUACAACGCCUGUGUGGAUAAUUCUGGCUGUUACUGCUCUGACAUGGAUUGGGUGGUUCCCAUUUAUCCUCUUUGAUACUGACUGGAUGGGUCGAGAGGUUUAUGGUGGUGAUCCAAAUCAAGGCCUUAUUUAUGAUGCUGGAGUUAGAAUGGGAGCACUUGGUUUGUUACUUAAUUCAGUUGUUCUUGGAUUAACAUCAUUGCUCAUGGAGUGGCUAUGCAGGAAGAGGGGGGCUGGAUUUGUGUGGGGAAUCUCAAACAUCCUGAUGGCUGUUUGCUUUCUUGCACUACUAGUAGUAACCUAUAUGGCAAAUAACAUGGACUAUGUAGGCAAAGAUCUACCACCAACUGGCAUUGUGGCAGCUGCCUUGAUUAUCUUUACUGUUCUUGGGUUUCCACUGUCUAUCACUUACAGUGUUCCAUAUGCCUUAAUUUCCACCCAUAUUGAGUCCUUGGGACUUGGCCAAGGGUUAUCAAUGGGUGUCUUAAAUCUGGCAAUAGUGAUUCCACAGAUAGUGGUGUCCCUGGGAAGUGGACCAUGGGAUCAGCUAUUUGGUGGCGGAAACUCCCCAGCCUUUGCUGUGGCAGCUGUUGCAGCCCUUGUCAGUGGACUCAUAGCUGUCUUGGCUAUUCCUCGAUCUGGUGGCACACAAAAGGCUCGAAGCCGUGUAUGAGUGAGGUUGGUUGGCUAUGUAAACCAUGAGAGACAUCUACAGGCUGUUGUAGGAAAGGGUGAAUACUCUUUAUGUCAAAGGAACAAUGUAAAACACGAAAUUGAUAUUUCAUUACUUUUCCAACCAUAUUGGAAUCUCAUGUAACCAUAAAAGCUGUCACCAAAUACUGGUUGACACUAUGUGCAAUCGACGGAGACCUUGGUCAUUGUAAAUCAGUCCUGCCUGUGUAAGAUAUUUCUUUCAAGGCGAGAGAAAGUAGUUAGGGCAUCUUCCAUGUGUUCUAAAGUUGAUCUUGGGCAACAUCCUUUCCCAUUAAGACGAGUUGCUGCUGAUUGGGAAUUAUUCUACACGAAAAAUUCUUUUAUUUCAAGGCAAUGCUGAUUGUGCAUUAGUGCUUCUAUAAUGAUAUGUUGGAAUCUUAUAAAUGUAUGAUUUGUUUGUAUUAGUGGGAUGAAUGUGUUUAAUGGCCAACAGUGAAUAUGUGAAUUUUGCGUAUCAUGGAGACCUGGCUUUAAUGCCCCUAUUUCGGGAUAAACAUUUUUCUUUAUAUAUUUAGUUUGUUGGUCAUGCUAAGACAUUAUUUGAGGAGCACUUAAUCUUCAUU